AUGGUUUACAUACAUUUUCCAUCGAAUUUAACCGAGGAAGAACUGAUGCUGCAGGCCAAAUAUGCGAAGCUGAAGAAAAAGAAAAAAGCACUUCAUGCUCUCAAAGCACCGAAGCAGGAGCCGGAAAAGAAUCUGCUCCCCAAACGGCCUACCGAUGCACGAGAUGCACGUGAGGUAGCUCGCAAGUUACUGAAAAGUGGCGCCAUACAAGCCAUACAGAAACCGCAGCCCAAACAGGAGGGUUCUUUUAAGCGACCAAAAGGACAGGAACGGAAACGAGCUCAACCGGAAAUGUCACCCGCUGGUCAGUAUCAAUCAUUCGGUGCGUCUACCGAGUAUGAAAGCGCAAGCUCGGCUGCCUCUACGUCUAGUGCAGUAGGAACACCGACCACACCGGCCGAAAGACCCAACAGUCCGGUGGAGAAGGAAACCAGCCGGGUACAGAACCUGUAUCAGCAGUUUGCAAACGAGCGUGACAAGGUGGAUGAUCAGGUGGACAAAGCAAAGCCGGGUGUUGAUGCAUCAAAAGAUAAACCGCGAUCCGGUAACACCGUGUACGUUUCCGGUAACAAGGUGACGGAAAAUUUUCUCAAGAAGCACUUUAGCGAUUUUGGUGAAAUUCUUAACAUUUCGAUGGAGAUCGAAAAGGGGCGAGGGUUUAUCACAUUUUCCAAGACGGAAUCCGCCGACAAAGCUAUCAGUGAGCUGCAUUCCAAGACGGUCGGUGGUAUACAGCUACAGGUGCAAUUGGCGCGCCGUCAGCCACAGAUUAAUCCCAUCAACGAUGCUGGCUCUUCAGCUGUAUGGUCCGCGCUCGCCACCAACCGCUCACAAAAGGGCAAGCACAAGGACAAUCGGGAACUGGUUUGCUAUGAUCAUGAUGAUAUAUUUUGA